CGGCGAAACACGAAUAAAACAGUUUGACACCCGUGGAUGAUUGUGAAAUUUUAUGAUAUGCUCCCAAUCCUGUAAAAUUAACAAGGAAUGAUCCCAGAGGCAGGAGAGGUAAACAACAUGGAAGACAGAAUUCCACCAAACCGUUUCGAUUUUAUCGGUGAUAUCCUUUUGAUAGGUGAACAACUGAGAAUUCAAAUGCACAAAGGUGGUCUGAUAUCUGACAGGCGUUACCAUCUACGUACAUACAAUUGCUGUUUUAUGGGAAGUGAGACAGUAGAUUGGCUGGUUAAUCGGGGCCAUGCAACAGACAGAAAUACUGCAGUAAUACUGAUGAGACUUCUACAAGAUAAUUACAUCCUCCAUCAUGUUGUGGAUGACCAUCAAUUCAAGGAUGAGAUGCUUUUCUACAGAUUCCGUAAGGAUGAUGGUACAUUUCCGUGGCACAAGGAUGGGGCUAUAUUUCUCAAGGCACAAAGAAUUUGUAACAGGGUAAAAAAAGAUGCCAAUGUCCUCCAUCAAGAAUACCAAUGUGAUGGUCAGACAUUCUACAAUGUUUUCAUGGGUAGUGACCUAGUUGACUGGAUGGUCAGCAAUGGAGAAGCAACUAGUCGGGAAGAUGCACACAGAACAUGUAGGGAAUUCUUAGAAAAUGACAUCAUUAAGCAUGUUACGAAUGACCACCAUUUUAAAGACUUAACCCUACUAUAUCAAUUUAAACACAAUUUCUCAAGCACUGGAAAACUAAUGGAUCUGUUAAAAACAAGAAAACGAGAAUCAAGUACAGGGGAUUCCACAAGAACAGACUCAGAAAGCAGUGCAGACAGCAUACCUAUCAACAUACGACGACAGAAUUCAGAUUGUAGCUACAAUGACAAUGACACAUUCCGAACAAGUCUUCGAAGUAGUAAUUCCCCGCCAUCAUCUCAACCUCUUAAAUCAGUAUUGCUGUGUAAGUUGACUGCUGAUGAGAUAGAAGAUCCAGAGUCACGGUUUAUCAAGAAAACAAUACAUGUUAUGAGUGACCCAGUAGGGUUUGGGUUUGUAGUGAGGGGGAAUUCUCCUACCUAUGUACAGACAGUAGACCCAGAUGGACCUGCCGCACAUGCCGGGCUUAAGAUUCGUCAGUACUUGUAUUCAGUGAAUGGCACAAAUGUGUUGAGAAAGGGGCACCAAGAUGUGGCUAAAUUAGUGUUGGACUCUCUGGAGGUUGAUGGAUACAUGAUACUUGAAGUGCUGACACAUUCCCAUGAAGUCAUAUCUUGAUGUGAUAGUCAUGGCUUGAUGUUAUAGUCAUGGCUUGAUUUUCAGAGGGCUUGUCAACAUUUUCUUGUGAAGUCAUGACUUGAUGCAAUAGACAUGUCUACCAGCCUUGCAUUAAUGUUAUAGUCAUGGCUUGAUGUAACAGUCAUGCCUCAUGUCUACAAGUCAUGUCAUGUCAUGGAUUGCUAUUGUAUAUCCUAGACAUAUUAUACACUGAGAAGUUCCUAGUGUUUUGAGCCUUAAGGUAAUUGACUCUAUGAGGGCUAAAGAGACUAAGGAACUGUAAUUCUCUUAUGAUAAAUGUGCCAAAUGAAUUAUGACAUCAUUACUUAAACAGCCUUAGACUUGACAAAAUGAUGCAGAGAAUACAAGCAUAUGCUCAAUUCCAAGUCAGAAGGUAUCACAAGGUUAGAGAGAUGGACUUCCAUUUUACAAUUUGCAAUAUUACUUAGAGAAUGUAUUAGAAAGACAGAAAUUAUUGAACAAGGUGAAGUGAACAGGGUAUCAUAUAUCAUGCUACAAUUUCCAAUAACCAUGUUAUGCUACAAUUUCCAAUACCCAUGUUAUGCUACAAUUUCUAAUGAUUCAUUGUGCAUGUUGUUUUCAAUCAUUUUUCCAGUUGUCACAAAUACUAACAGGCCCGUAGCCAGGAUUU